CGCGGGCUCACCUGUCCUCUCACUUCGUACCUGAGACUCACCGGAGCUGCACGCGCCGUCGGGAGGAGCCCCGCGCCGUUUUAAGUUCACAGAGUGCUGAGUGACCGGAGUCCGCUUCUACUGUCAGUCAGAACCUGGAGGAUCCGGAUCAGAACCAUCAGGAGGACUGACCGGGACUGGGAUCAGAACCAGGACCCGGACUAGGACCAAGAGGAUGUCCCGGGCGGAGGAGCGCGAGGAGGCGGACUGUGUGUGUUCGGUCGGGAUGAAGUUCACGUGGGACAUCAACGACCCCAAACUGCCUCAGGACACAAAGCAGUUCGACCCGUUCCAGGAGUGGACAGACGGUUACGUUCGGUUCAUCUACAGCGCUGACGAUAAGAACGCUCAGAGACAUCUUUCCGGCUGGGCGAUGAGAAACACCAACAAUCACAACUGUCAGAUCCUGAAGAAAUCAUGUCUAGGCGUGGUGGUCUGUUCUCGAGGCUGCACGCUGCCUGACGGGUCCAGACUGCAGCUCCGCCCUGCCAUCUGUGACAAAGCCCGGCAGAAACAGCAGAAGAAGCUGUGUCCAAGCUGUAACGCCACCUUGGAGUUGCUACCGUGUCGUGGCCACAGCGGUUACCCCGUCACAAACUUCUGGAGAGUCGACGGAAAGGCCAUCUUCUUCCAGGCUAAAGGAGUCCAUGAUCAUCCCAGACCAGAGUCCAAGUCCGAGACUGAAGCCAGAAGAAGUUCAGUGAAGAGACGAGUGGGUUCGCCGCCGUUCACACCCAAGAGACGACUCAUCGAAACACAGGCUCUGGGCCCCGCCCUCCUCUCCUGUGUCGAUCCAUCAGACAGAAUCUCCUUCAUCGAGCCAAAUUUCCCACAGCAUUACCCAGCAUUCCAAAGCCCAGACCCCUACUACAACCCUCAUAAUGCACUAGGGGAUACUUCGCCUGCACUUCAAAAACCAACCAAUCCCAGGCUUUACAUGGGCCGGCCUGGCUACGAGUUCCAAGGAUACCUCGCCUCACCUUCGUAUCCCAUGACCUCUGACCUCUGUGACCCCAGGGUGGCCCCGGUCCUGGGUUCCUCUUCUUCCUCCACUUCAUCGUCGGCUCCUCUGUCCUCCCCCUCCUCCUUCGACCCACAGACAAAGCCUCCUGCAGGCUGGAAGGAUCUGCUGAAGAGCUCUGCCCCCUAUGGUGACAACCAUCACUACUACAGCGCAGAGUACCCCUGCCGGUACCCCAGCAACGCCCCAGGGUCCCCUGCAGCACUGCAAACCAUCAUCACUACGACAACCAAGGUCUCUUAUCAGCCCUGUCCAAAGCCUCCUGCAGCCCUCCCUUCUUAUCAAUCAUGUCCUAAACCUCCUGCUGGCCUCCAGUCUUACCAGCCCUGUGCACCCCCAAAACCUCCUGGUCUUCCAGGCUGCUCUUCCCUGAUGGACGACGCCUCCUCUUCCUCGUACUCCACUGAGGUAAAAGUGACGGAGGAGUCAGGUGGAGUCAUCAAGUCUCUGUCAUUUCAGCCCGAACACCUGCAGACCAAAACAGAGCGAGCCGAUGGGUACGACUACCGCUACGCCUACCCCAACACGUACCGCUACGAUGACUACUGACACAGCACUACCCCCACCAUCGUUACCACGGCUUCUGGUACUACAACUACUGUUACCACAACUACCACCAUGCUUACCCCAACAUGUACAGCUAUGCUAAUAGUGACGCAGCACUACCCUCACAGCCGUUACCACGACUACUGCUACCCUACAUGUACCACUAUGAUGACUGAUGAUACAGCAUUAUCUCCAUUGCUGGGACUACUGAUACUACAACUACUACAAUGAGAGAAACUAUUGCUACUGCCCAAACAGAUACUUAGUCUACUACAAACUGUGUCAUACAAUAACUACUGAAUGACAUAUUGAACUUCUGCUGAACUACUGGAUGCAGUUGAGAGGGCGUGGAAUAUCAGGACUAAACUCGAACUGAACCAAAACUUUGGUCCAUGAGAAACUUUCUGAAGACAAGAAUGGAGUACUUUUAUGUUUCUGAAGAAGAUCCUUUUCUAGCUCAGAGACUCCAGCUCCAGUCUUCCUCGAGUACCGCUUUCAGGAUAGAAAGUGAAUUAACUGAAAUUAAAUGUUAUGUCAAAAUGGUAUCUCAAAAUCCAGAGUUCUGUUGGGCCUAAUACCUUAAAACAAGAACCAUACACUUGUGGUGUUUCUGGAACUUUCAGGCAGAUCUUAUGGCCUUCCUCAUUGAAAAGAGUUGCAAUUGGCAUUUCAUGGUUUUGUCUGUUGUCAAAUGAAGUCUGGAAUUUCGGUACAGGUGACAUAUUCGGGGUAGAGGGUCUCUACAGGUUAUCAUGUGAGUGAGUUGACACUCCAUUUAGAGUCCCCCGGAGUGCGGUGUGUCACUCCCUUUAGAGUCCCCAGGAGUGAUGUAUGUCACUCCCUUUAGAGUCCCCAGGAGUUAUGUAUGUCACUCCCUUUAGAGUCCCCAGGAGUGAGGUGUGUCACUCCCUUUAGAGUCCUCAGAAGUGUUGUGUGUCACUCCCUUUAGAGUCCCCCAGAGUGAGGUGUGUCACUCCCUUUAGAGUCCCGAGAAGUGAUGUGUGUCACUCCCUUUAGAGUCCCCAGAAGUGAUGUGUGUCACUCCCUUUAGAGUCCCCAGAAGUGAUGUGUCACUCCCUUUAGAGUCCCCAGGAGUAAGGUGUAUCACUCUUCUUAGAAUCUUCCAGAAGUGAGAUGCAUCACUUCUUUUAGGGUUCUCAGAACUGAGGUGCAUUGGGUCACGUGAUAACAAACUAAACUAUCCCUAUUUGCAAAUGUGGAACACUGUUUGCUGAAGAAGGCCAUGAGAUGUGGCUGAAGCUUCAACACAAGUCAAGUCAAAUUUUAUUUAUAUCGACCAAAAUCAUAAAUCACAAUUUACCAAAUUUACAGUUUUUUCAAAUGUUCCAUAGCCAAGUAUUAACAUUCAUGCUCAGGACUCAGUUAUUUCGAAAUAAUAUUAAACCACAAAUUACCUCAGAAAGAACCAGGUCUUUAUUUCUAAUGUCCUCUUUUAUAUUUGAACAGAUUUUAGUAAGAAGUCUCUCUGUUUUCUGAUCAGAUUUACUAAAAACAUAAAAUAUUAGACCUUCAAAGAUUAUUUUAAAGUCACUGAAUUCAGAAAGUACAUUGAAUCUAUAAUUGAUUAUCGCAAUGUUUCUGUUGUCUGGGUUAUUUAUUGAAUGGUCAGUAAACCUGUUAGGCCUACAUACAGAAUGAAAGAACAAACUGAAUCAGACGGUUGUUGACUGAAGAGAUUUGUCAGAUGAAAAUAUGUCAGAAUGUCUCACAUUAAACAAACUGUUGUACAGAC